AUGGGUCGCUGCAAUCAGUAUCUCAAGGCCAUUUCCGAAGGAUGCGUCAUAUUCUGGGUGCUUGAGAAGAGAGAGGACAUCCAACCGCCGCCUCACCGAGGCGUCGACUCGUCCUCUGACCCAGAAAGUCCAGCCCAGUCCGGGCUCUACGGCGACCUCGAAUACAAGCGAGACCUUGCCAAGCUCGCCGAUGAAAUGCCUGCCGACUUGCCACCGGAACUACUUGGAGAUCUAAUGGUGCGUCUUCGAAAGAUACGCCUUGGAGAAUGGACCUAG